UCUUUAUCGGUCGCUUUCAAACAUCCGGACAACUAUCAAUAAAAAUCCAGCGCUAUGCCGUCUCAACUUCUGCCAACCUCCGGAAGAUCGACAACCAAUAGUGUCCUCUAUGAAUCAUCUACUGGUCAACAGUCAAUUACGAUAAAUCACGGCUCAAUUACGGGUCGGAACACGGCUAUGCCCUUCUGCGUAAAAUGUCAAAUCACGAGGCAGGUGUCCCUUCAUCGAAUCAACAGUGAAAAUACUGUCAUUCUCUUUUAUCGCCGGGAGGCUUGUUUUGUAAUGCACCAGGACGACCCGGGUACGAGGCAAGAUACUUUAGGAGUAUAUAACGAUUUCUUCGUUUUUCUUCCAACGAUAUACCAGUAUGAAUACCCCAUCCACCCCAACGAAAUCAGCUUCAAUGAAGAGCGCACAUCUGAUGUGGAAAUCCACUAUACCCACCAAAUCAGCGACCAUGACACGUACCUCAUCAACAUGAACCGGAUUCGCCAUGGACCAUCACCCGAGCCACCACCCAUAUUCUGCUGCAAUCUCCACAACGAGAAAACACUGUUUGGGUUUCAUAACAGGAAUGUGCCGCAAUAUACCACUAGCGGGGGAAUGUAUCAAUAUCAUAUAUACACUGCAUUACACCAACGGAGCCGGGAGUGUCAUACCUGUGAUGAAUCCGGUGACUAAAUACAUUUUUAUAAGGUUCAGCAGUUGUUCAGCUUAUUCCACGCAUAUCGGAAACACCCAAUGAAUGACACGAUGUGGAGUCUACGAUUAGAGCAGAAACUACCUAUAGGGUUGUAUACAUUAGAUUAAUUGUAUCUAUCUACAUAUUGGAAUAAUUCAAUAAAUUUAAAUGACCUUG